GUCAACAAAAAUAAUCUCAGCUUGUGCUACAGAGAAAUGACCAUGGAGAGAACCAGCUUCUUAAUUUUUCUUUGCAUAGCUGUUCAGGGGAAAGUCUUUUUUAUUGAUGUGAAGAAGACGUGGCUUGAAGCUCAGGCUUACUGUAGACAAAACUACACUGAUCUUUCCUCUGUUAAAAGCCAGGAUGACCAAGACCAGCUUCUAAAGGUUAAAUGUCCAAGUAAUGGGGCAUGGAUUGGCCUCUACAGAGAUCCCAACAACAACAACUGGAUAUGGUCAGGAGGAGGAAGUAUGACAUACGAAAACUGGGGUGAGAGCCAGCCAGAUAAUGCAAAAGGCGUCGAGAGAUAUGUAGAAGUCAUGGCCAAUGGAAAAUGGAAUGAUGCUUCCAAUAAAACCUCCUUGCCUUUUUACUGCACCGAACAAAUUACUGUGGUGGAAAUUAGGAUGUCCUGGGAGAAGGCUUUAAAGCACUGCAGAAGGAAUCAGACUGUUCUCCUCAGUCUGGUGUCUCGGUCAGAUCAUUUAAAGGCCCAGAAAGUCAUCCAGCAAAGCAACACGACUGACCCGGUGUGGAUCGGCCUGCGGUAUCUGAGUGACCACUGGAUGUGGAUGAGCGGUGACCCUCUGGUGUAUCAAGAAUGGCCCCAGGGAGGACAGCAGGACCACCAGUGUCCAAUAAAAAACCGGUGUGGUGCUUUAACCAAAAAUGGAGUGUGGGAUAUCAGGGACUGCCAGGACGAGCUCAGCUUCCUCUGCUUCUGAGAGAUUCACCAUGCUAUAGCCGGUAAACUAUUUAAAAUGGCAUUGUAAUCACAUGUAGAAUAUGGAGGCCAGUAGUUACCAAGACACAGAAUGUAGCUAAUGCAAGCAGAGAUGCAUUUGAAGUGUCCUGAGAAGAAAUUAUAUAUCACACUGAAAAAUACUGUUUUAAAAAAAAUCAACUGUCAUUUUCAAUUGCUUUUUUGUUGAGAUGCUAUUAUCCUUUCUUAUUUUCUUAUUUGGUGACUGGUGGCUUUUGAAUAUGCCAUUGUAGCUUUAUCCUCUUCUGAGACACUGAUUACCCUCAGGAAAACUGAUGUCUUAAUGUUUUAGAUACCGUGACAGCAAACAUGUUCUCCUGUUAAUAAUUGAAAGGGUUGGGGUUAGGGUUAGGGUUGAAAUGUUCAACCUUUGACCUGUCCAGCAGGUUACGAUUAGCAUCCAAUUUUGUCUUUUAGCAGGUGCCAUUUUCCAAGCCUGUCU